AUGGACGUGUCGGCUACUGCGUUCUUCCGCUCUGGCUCGUUGCUCGAACUAGUUGUCAAGAUCGCGAACGUGCGCAGUGUCGAUGACCUCCGCCGAACAUCGCCUCCUAUCAACUGGAAGAAGAUUGAAAAGACCAUCAAAGGUCUCCGAUUCACCGUGUCUCAUCGCGAGAGAGUCAAGCGAUCCUUCAAGGUCUUUGCCCUCACAGAGACCGCGGCCAAGGACACAAAGUUCAAGCUGCAGCCCAGAGGCAACGGCGAUCCUACCGCACCAGAGGAAGAGGUCGAGACCGACUUGGUUACUUAUUUCAAGAAGGCAUACAACAUCAACCUGAACUUCCCGAUGCUGCCUUGCGUCCAGGCCGGCAAGAACAUCAUCCUGCCGAUCGAGUUGUGCUCCGUCAUUGACGGCCAGAGAUACAUGAAGAAGCUGGACGAACGCCAGACGGCCGACAUGAUCAAGUUUACCAGCCAGCCUCCCCACGCGCGCGCUAACAACAUCAAGGACGGCCUCAAGAUCCUCAAGUACGACGACAACGAGUACCUUAAGGAGUUUGGAAUGAAGGUCUCGAACGAGAUGGUUCAAAUCAAGGCCCGAGUGCUUCCUGCACCCACCGUCUGCUACCACGCCCAGUCUCGCGAAGCCAGCUUUGUCCCCCGUGACGGUGCCUGGAGCCUGAUGAACAAGAAAGUCACCCAGGGCACCACCCUCGGAUCCUGGGGCAUCAUGGUAUUUGGCACCGAGCGAGAUUGCCCUCUUCCACAGGUCAACAAGUUUGUCCGAGAGCUCAUCGUGUCGUGCACUGAGACCGGCAUGACCAUCCCGAACAAGGGCCCCCCAGUCAUGUACAACAACCCACACGGAGAUAUCGAGAGCUACCUCAAGAAUGCCUGGAUCCAGACGGGUAAUGCGGUCAAGAGCCAGCCCCAGCUACUGGUUUGCAUCCUGCCGAACACCGGCGUCCCCCUCUACGCGGAGAUUAAGCGCGUGACCGACACGGUUCUCGGUGUUUCUUCCCAGUGCGUGCAGAUGAAGCACACCCGCGAUCCCAAGAAGCAGUACUGCUCGAACGUCUGCCUCAAGAUGAACGUCAAGCUUGGUGGCGUCAACCAGCAUCUCGCUCCGGGUAUGAUGCCCUUCCUGGCCAAGCCCACUCUUGUCUUGGGUGGAGACGUUUCUCACCCGCAACCAGGUGACAACUCCAGACCGUCCAUUGCAUCUUUGGUCGGCUCGAUGGACAACAAGGCUGCACGCUACGCAGCAACCGUCCGCGUCCAGACGGCGAGAACCGAGACGAUUGCGGAUCUCGGUGACAUGACCGUGGAGCUGCUGAGAACCUUCUACCAGAACUGCGGCCGCAAGCCGGAGCGAAUCCUUUUCUAUCGCGACGGGGUCUCUGAGGGCCAGUUCGCGGAGGUUCUCAAGACCGAGGUGGCGGACCUGAAGGCAGCCUGCCAGAAGCUCGAGGCUGGGUACAGGCCGACGAUCACCUUUGUCGUCGUACAGAAGCGACACCACACGCGCUUCUUCCCGAUGCGACGCGAGGAAGGUGACCGCAUCGGCAACUGCUUGCCUGGGACCGUGGUUGACCAGGAAGUCGUUCAUCCGGUCGAGUUCAACUUUUACCUUCAAAGCCACGCCGGCCUCCUAGGUACCUCGCGCCCUGCACACUACUACGUGCUCUAUGAUGACAACAGGUUCUCCUCGGAUGAACUUCAGGAUCUCAGCUACAAGUUGUGUCACCUCUACGCUCGUUGCUCCCGAACAGUCUCCUAUGUACCUCCUGCGUACUAUGCGCACAUCGUCGCAGCCCGUGCUCGAUUCCAUGCGCGCGGUGAGCGCUGGAGUGACACUACGUCGUCCGAAUCCGGCGCCGGUGAGGCUAGCAGCUACCUCACUGUUAAGCCCGAACUUAUGCGGGACUCGAAGGAUGCUCGCAUUCAAGUCGCCAACCCCGUUGUUGAUCUCGACGGUGAUGAAAUGACCCGUAUUAUCUGGCAGUCUAUCAAGGAGAAGUUGAUCUUGCCUCACGUCAAUGUCGAUAUCAAGUACUACGAUCUGGGCAUGGAGUACCGUGAGAAGACCAAGGACCAAGUGACAAUCGACGCUGCGCAGGCAAUCCUCAAGUAUAACGUGGGAAUCAAGUGUGCGACCAUUACGCCCGACGAGCAGCGCGUCAAGGAGUUCAACCUUUCAGAGAUGUACAGGUCCCCCAACGGCACCAUCCGCAACAUCCUCAACGGAACCGUCUUCCGUGAGCCCAUUCUCCUCAAGAGCAUCCCCAAGAUCGUCCCUGGAUGGACCAAGCCCAUCGUCAUCGGACGCCACGCCUUUGGUGAUCAGUACAAGGCCACUGACUUUGUCGCUGAGGGACCCGGUCGCUUCGAGAUGACCUUCACGCCCAAGAACGGCGGUGAGGCCAAGAAGUGGGUCGUCUACGAUUUUGACGGUGCCGGUGUCGGUAUGGCCAUGUACAACACUGACGAGUCCAUUAUCGGAUUCGCUCACUCGUGCUUCAAGAUGGCUCUUACUAAGGAUAUGCCCUUGUACCUCAGCACAAAGAACACUAUCUUGAAGAAAUACGAUGGACGCUUCAAGGACAUCUUUGAGGACAUCUACCAGAAGACCUACAAGAAGGAGUUUGAGGACAAGAAGAUCUGGUACGAGCACCGCUUGAUUGACGACAUGGUCGCACAGGGACUCAAGUCCUCGGGAGGAUUCGUCUGGGCCUGCAAGAACUAUGACGGAGAUGUCCAAUCAGACAUUAUCGCCCAAGGCUACGGAUCCCUCGGACUCAUGACCUCGGUCCUGGUCACCCCCGACGGUAAGACACUCGAGUCCGAGGCCGCCCACGGCACUGUCACCCGUCAUUACCGCGAGCACCAGAAGGGCCGCGAGACCUCCACCAACCCUAUUGCGUCGAUCUUUGCAUGGACCCGUGGAUUGGCCCACCGUGCCCGUUUGGACAGCAACCAGGAGUUGCUCAAGUUCUCGCUGGAUUUGGAGAAGGCUUGUGUGGACACUGUUGACGUCUCGGGGAUCAUGACGAAGGAUUUGGCUUUGGCUAUCCAUGGUUCUGGCUUGAAGCGUGAGCACUAUGCCAGCACUAGCGAGUUUAUGGAUGCCAUUACCCUCAACUUCAACAAGGCCCGUGGCCUGUAA